AUGUGCGCUGAAGUCCCCUUCACGUCCGCUAAUUCCGCCUCCUGCCGCUUGAUGACCGCCCUCAUCUCGCUUGCCGCGUCUCUCGCCUUGCCUCUCGCCGCCUCCACCUGCUCCUUCAAUCCCUUCACUAGCGAAUCAAGCUCGUCCCGCACGUCCUUCACCCGCGCUGUGAUCAUGGCCUCCACCAGGGCCAUAAGCGCGUUGCCCUUCGGCGGCGGCUUUGCUGGAAGGCCGUCCGCGUCCUCUCCUGCCUCUCGUGCCGCGGCACUGCCAGCGCCGUGCGGCCCCUCCCCGGCUCUUCACGGCCCUGCCGCCCCGCCGUCGCCGCCCCAGCAGCAGCUGCCGUCGUGCCUGCUACCGCUGCUGCUUCUUUUACGACCGGUCGCCGCCGCCGCUGCUGCCGUGACAGCCGCCGCCGCUCGUGCUGAGACAACCGCCGCUGCCGGUGCCGUGACAGCCACCGCCGCCGUCCCGGGCCUGCCCUGCAGCGGAGGCGCGGCACUCCUCUACCGCCCUGACGCGGCCCUGUCCCUGCCGGCGCGCCUCGGCACUGCCCCACCGCUUGCGGACCUCUACCCACCCGCCCCUGUCACCCAGCUCCUUGACUCCCUUCGCUCGGUCAGGGACCACUUCCUCUCUGUUUGCCCCACCACACUCAUCGUUGACCUCCUCGGGGAGCGCCUCCUUGCAGCUGAGAAGAGUAUAGUCGCUGUAGGAGCCUCUCGUGGUGACCCUCGUGCCCCCUUCUUUGAGGGGUGCUCCCCCUCCCCCCUUUUGCCCUCUGUUGCCUCUGCUGCUGCGGUCGACCUCGUUGGCACCGAGUCGGUCGGCGCUGCGUCUGCCCCUAGCGGGAGACGCCGCAACGGCAAGGGCAAGGGGGGGAGGGGCGCUGGAGGAGCUUGCGGGGGCAGUGUAGGUGGCGGUGGAGGCGGCGGAGGGGGUGGGGGUGGCGGUGGGAGUGGUGGCGGGGGUGGGGGCUUCGGUGGUGGCGGUGGAGGCGGAGGCGGCGGUGGGAGCAGAGGAGGCGGCGGUAGCGGUGGUGGCGGUGGCGGCGGCGGUGGUGGAGCUGGUCGGGGUGGCUCUGUGCAGCGGGGCGGGUUUGGUGGUGGUCAGCGCCAGCAGCAGCAGCGCACUCGUGAGACCCCGCCCCCCCAGCAGCUUCGUGAGUGGUACGCUCCGCGUCAGCAGGGUGAGGGUGCUGGUCCCUGUGCCUACGUCCUGCGUACCGGCGACCGCACUGGUGAGCCGUGCGGUGGCCCGCACACCACCCAGCGCUGCUUCGGCCACCUGACAGACUCGUGGCGUCUCCAGUUCCCUGACGCCACUGAGAUCCCUCGCAUGGGCGAGCUCCUUAGGUCGGGGGUUGUUAUCUUUGAUCUGGAUUAUGAUGCUAUUCUUGCUGCCAUGUAUGUUGUGUCUACUUGUGAUGAGGGUGACUGUUACCUGUGUGUUCCGCCUGACCCGGGCAUUGAGGCUGCUGCUCUAGGUGCUGGCGAGGCUGCUGCUCUAGGUGCUAGUGCGUCUGCUACUCCAGGUGCUGGUGAGUCUGCUGCCCCAGGUGCUGGUGAGACUACUCUCUCAGGUACCACGUCGGCUCAGGCCUUGCACACCUUCACCCUUGACUCGGGUGCGGUCUUGAGACCGCACCACACUCACGCCGCUUAG